AUGCCGGCUGUGGCUGCUGCCCCGGCUCGUUUCUACUCGGACAAGCCGACCCCGGAGGCCAAGGCGUCUUCGAUCAUUGAUGCGCUGCCCGGCAACAGCCUGAUUUCGAAGACCACCUGGGUGACCAUCGGCGCUGGUCUCACUGCGUUCGCUGUGUCGAACGAGCUCUACGUGGCGAACGACGAGACCGUUAUCCUUGCUGGUUUCUUGGUCUUCGCUACCCUGAUCGGCCGCACGGUGUCGAAGCCGUACGCGAACUGGGCGAACUCGUACAUCGAGAAGAUCUCGAACAUCCUGAAUGAGGCGCGCCAGGGCCACACCAAGGCCAUCCAGACUCGCAUUGACGCUGUCAAUGAGAAGAAAGAUGUGGUGGACAUCACGAAGGCCAUGUACGCGCUGGCGAAGGACACCGUCCAGGCCGAGAAGGAGGCGUUCGAGCUGAAGCAGAAGACACAGCUGGCCGCUGAGGUCAAGGCGGUGCUCGACAGCUGGGUGCGCUUCGAGGCUCAGGAGCGUGAGGCCGAGCAGGCCCUGCUCACCGAGACGGUGAUCAAGAAGGUGGCCGACAGCCUGCGCGAGGAGAAGUCGCAGAAGCAGAUCCUCGACAGCGCCGUGUCGGAGAUUGAGCAGCUCGUCAAGAGCAAGAAGAUCUAA